GUAUAAAAUCGGUGGACAGCCGGCGGGCGCUGCACAGUCAACCAACGAGGUUCGCGAGUCGCGUCCGCUCCGCUGAUAACGAUUCCUCGGACUUAGCCCACUGCCACAUCGACGGGAGACGGAGACGGAGUCCCGAUACCAGGCCAUUAGCCAUUAGCCCCAUCCAUCCAUUAGCCCCAACACGUAAAUCAUGUUCGCCGUGGCCUUGACGUUGGCGGCCUUGGUUCUGGCCGGCCAGCAGGAAGUCUGCCGGGCACAGGUCUCCAUCCACACGGACGCCAACACGAACUCCUACAGCCUGAAGGCGCCCGGAGUGCAGCAGACCUUCACCCGGUACUACGGAGGAGCCAGGAAGCAGCAGGUGGAGCAGCCGCAGCAGUUGCAGCAGCCGCAGUUGCAGCAGCCGCAGGAGCAGGAACAGCUGCUAAAUACCGCGCCAUUCGGUGGAUACUCCUCGUCGGGACAGCAGUAUCCUGCCGUGUACUCGCAGCCAGGAUUCCGGUCCGCUGGCAAACUGAAGGCGACGCCCAACUCGCUGCUGCAGCAGCAGCAGCAGCAGCUCCUGGCGCAGCAGCAGCAGCAACUGCUGGCCGCCACAUCGACGCAGGGAGCUGCUGGAUCUGGAUCCGGAUCUGGAGUGGGCGUUGGCGGUGGCGCGGGCGUGGUCGGCAUGCCCAGCUAUGCAGACCAGAUGCACGCCGCCUUCCUGGACUAUCAGCGCCAACGAGCCGAGUUCGAGCAGCAGCAGCAUCAGCUGCUGCAGAAGCUCUACCACUACUAUCCCGAUGUAUCCGGCGUCCUAGCACCUGCCCAGAUUCAACCCCAAUCCCAGGCGGCUGCCCCCGCCGACGUUGGAGGCGCACCGGUGGGCGUGGCAGCACAAAGCGCAGCUGGCCGCUUCGCCUACCGCCGGCCGCAGUUCAGCAGCAACGGCCUGCAGCCUGAGCGCCUCGCAUCCGGAUCCACUCUGCCCGGAGUUCCAGCCGGCGUAGGAGUCAUACCAGGCGGCAUCGCCGGAUCUGGUUCCUUGCGCGCCAGCGCGGUGGCAGCGGGUGGAGACUUCUACUCCACGCAGCAGCACAUGGGCUUCAUGCAGCAGCAGCAGCAGGACGUGCUCCGUGACCAGCAGCAGUCGGUGGCCCAGCAGUUCGCCACCAGCCAGCUGGCGCCCACCACUCGCCAGAGCUAUGGGAUGGCCGUUCCCAUGUCCUCGGUGCUGGGAUCCCCCAGCUACCAGCAGUCGCCGGACGUCUCCCACGUGAGCUUCUCCAGCGGCAAUCUCAACUACAGCUUCUGAGGAUGGCUGUCAUCCCAUGGACUUCUAAGCUAGUAUUUCCCAUUUUUUUUCACACAUUUUUUUUGCAUAAAUUUUCUUGGUAGUUGAUAAGAGGAAUUGUGUAGCGCAAGAACAAGAAUAAAUUUUGUGAGUGAUGAUA